UAAACAGAUAGAAGGUGAGAAAGACAUGCUUCCCAAUCACCAAUACUCAAAUCAAUUUCUUGCAGAAAAUCCCACUUCACCAAAAAUCUCAUUAAACAAAAAUAAUAAUUAAAAAAAAAUAAUAACAGAAAAAGACAAAACUUAUCCACACGUUAGUAUUUCUUUCACUCUUUUUUCUCUUUGUAUACAUAAAUACUAUUUUCAUGCAUUCACACCGACUCAAAAUUAGCUAAUGCCACUCUUCUCGAAAUUAUUCAACAUGAAACAAAAUUUCACAAAUGGCUUCAAAUUCAACAAUUUUCCUAUAUGCAUAGUAGUUUCCUCAUUAUUCCUCUUUUGGUUCUUCAUGUACAGUGAAGAUAUCAAGUCCAUUGCACAAUUCCAAUUCUCAAACCACAAAAUUCAAGAAAAUCUUGAAAAUUCUUCAAAUAAAUCAAAUGGGGUUCAAGAAAAUUCCAAGAUUCUAGGAGAACAUAGCAAAAGUUCAUCUAUUUUGAUAAAUUCAGAGGAGAAAAUUGAAUUGCUACCAGAAAGUUGUGAUAUUUUUAAAGGUCAAUGGGUAUAUGAUAAUGUUACACAUCCAAUUUAUAAAGAACAAGAAUGUAAGUUUCUCACAGAACAAGUUACUUGUUUGAAGAAUGGAAGAAAGGAUUCUUUGUAUCAGAAUUGGAGGUGGCAGCCUAGAGAUUGUUCUUUACCCAAGUUUAGACCAAGAUUGUUACUUGAAAAGCUGAGGAAUAAGAGAUUAAUGUUUGUUGGAGAUUCAUUGAAUAGAAACCAAUGGGAAUCUAUGAUUUGUUUGCUUCAAUCUGGGGUUCCUUUCAGCUGGAAAAAAUAUAAAAAGAUUGGCCAUUUAUCAGUUUUCAUGAUUGAGGAGUAUAAUGCCACUGUGGAAUUUUAUUGGGCUCCAUAUAUUGUGGAGUCAAACUCAGAUGAUCCAAAAAUGCAUAGCAUUUUGACCAGAAUUAUCAUGCCAGAAUCAAUUGAAAAACAUGGAAAUAAUUGGAAGAAUGUUGAUUAUCUCAUCUUCAAUACUUAUGGUUGGUGGAUGAAUGGCGGCACCAUGAAAGUUCUGCGAGGAUCUUUUGACGAAGGAUGUACAGAAUAUGAUGAGGUUGAGAGGACAAUAGCAUAUAGAAGAGUAUUGACAACAUGGUCUCAAUGGGUUGAAAACAAUUUGGAUCCCAAUAGGACACUUGUCUUCUUCAUGAGCAUGUCACCUAUGCAUAUCAGGAGUAUGGAUUGGAACAAUCCAAAUGGGAUAAAAUGCGCAAAGGAAACAACACCAAUACUCAACAUUUCAAUGCCACUAAAUGUUGGGACAGAUAAGAGGCUAUUUGCUAUAGCAUCAAAUGUGACUAAAUCAAUGAAAUUCCAUGUAUAUUUCAUGAAUAUCACAAGUAUAUCAGAGUAUAGAAAAGCUGCACACACUUCAUUGUACACAACUAGACAAGGCAAAUUGCUAACACCGGCACAGCAAGCUGAUCCAGCUAUGUAUGCUGAUUGUAUUCAUUGGUGUCUCCCGGGCUUGCCCGACACGUGGAAUGAGUUUUUGUAUACACGUAUUAUGUCCCGAUCUUGACGUUUUGUAAAUUGAAGAACGAUAAUCAGAAUUGAUACGC